UUGAUGGCAUAAAGUGACAAAAAAUUAAUCAUUUAUUCAAAGAUGUUCAACAUCAAAACAAAUAUGUAUAACCGAUUUUGUCAGUUAAAAGUGGCCGCUUAAAGCUCGGCUUAUGUAAAUUUAUAGCCGAAUACCUAAGCAUGUUGGCAUUUAUGUAUGUUGAUUUGUAUAUACAAGUGUAGCGUGCCGGGCUAUCGUUUUGUGCGGUUGAGUGUUUCGAUUCCGUUGCCGGUGCAUAGUUAAUUUUGCACAGAGUGAAAGAGUUAAGAGUUACGGGCUUUUAAUUCCUACAAUAAAGCCCCAAUUCAAGUGCAGAACGAAGCUAUGAAAAGAGUGUAAACUUAAAGAAAAUUUACACAUACACACAAACAUGCACGGUCGCUCGCAUACAUAACGAUCAUUCAGUAUUGCUUCUUCUUUUUGCGGGACGUGUUGCGCCUUAGCUUACCUGAGUGCAGGAGUGAGAGCGCGAUAGCGUCUGCUUGUGUGAGUGCGUGUGUUAAAGCAAAGCAAACGAGAGAGCGACCGAACGAGCGGAGUGGAGUCAAGCUUUUAAGUUAAAGUUCUUUAGCUUGCGUCGGCGUAGCGUUGGCAGCGACAUCAACAGCAACAACAGUCACAAUAAUAACAGCAACAACAUCAACAGGUUAGACUUGUCUACAGCAGCUGGCACUUGGAUACCCUGGAUCUCAGUCUUUAGCGGGCAUACACUAGCAAGGCAUCGUCAGUCGUUAUGCUGUACAGUAAACUAUGGCCACAUCGACACUUUAUGUUGCUGGGGUGACCUGCUUGGGGUUUGUGUGCUUCGCUUUGGCCUCUGUCGCCAUUGGCAUACCCAUUUGGGGUUACUACGACAGUCCAUCUGGUGGCUAUGACUAUGAUCGCGGCUAUUUCGGCCCCUUCAAAGUGUGCAAGCAACUGACUUACAAUCGCGAGAAAUGCGGCAACGAUGUCUCCAAGUUCCGGCUGAGCAAUGCAGUAUUUAUCAGCGGACUCUUGGCAGUGUUCAGCUGUGCUGUGCUGGGCAUCUUCUGCAUCCUGUCGGUGAUUCAGCACGCGAUGAUCUCGUCGCGUGACAAGGUUGUCAUGUCCUACACAUCACUGGUCAUUGCCAAACUGAUAUUGGCCCUGCUGGGCGGCUUAUUGGCUAUAAUAGCCACAGUGCUGUUUGCACUACAGAUCGAUGAACAGGAGCGUUUCGGUUUCAAGAUAUCGCGUGGCAUAUCCUUCUACAUACAGAUAGUCGUGAUUGUAUUAUCCAUUGCGCUGUUUGUGGCCGCCUUGUAUGAUGUCAUCUUCUCGCGCACCCCUGGUGGCGAUCCCACAAUGACGCUGGACGCUUCUUCGCCGGCGAGUGCCACCACCUUCAACAAUCCGGGCUUCAAGGAGCCGCGCAAUCGCAACGGCGUCUCGAUGACCGAUGCCUCGGGCAAGCCAUACAGCGGCAUCAGAAACGGGGCUGGAACCGCUGGCAGUGUGGCUUCAAUGAGCACGACUGUGACGAGCGUUUCGAACGGCUCCACGCUGGACUCGGUGACUCGUUCCCCGUUGCGGUCGAGCUUGAAGAAGCCACGACCCAGGCCCGAUCCAACGCUGGGCAUACAAAAUCCAGGAUAUUCUGGAUCGGGCAACUCGCCGCCAAUGCGGCGCAAUGGAAGCGUGAAGAAAGUUCGCAUUCAGACGCACAGCACGGAGGUUUAGAAGGUUUAACGACGGAACCCUAAACCCAACAUGAUCGGAAUCCAAAAUCGAUUCCUAUGUUCAACAACUUGAAAUAUGAGAGACACAACCACAGCAACAAAAACAAUUACAAAGACUGUGUACUGUAGCAACACCAACACAAGAAAACACAAAUCGACACUUCACGCAACAUAAAACCAAUAGAAGAGUUUCAAGAUUCUGUUUGAAAUCCAACAAAUUGAAUUGGAAUUUGCAUAAACAAAUUGUUUUCAUUUGUCUUCCAAGUUCAUUUGUUUUUGCUUAACAAAGGAGGCAGCCAAUUUAUCUCUUCUUCUUUUUCUGUUCGUCUUUAAAAAUUGUUAAUAGCAAUUUGGUAUGCAACGGUUUCCGUCCAAGGGCAGAGUCAAAUAAGUUAGUUUAAUUUGUAUUUGACAUUUUGUUUUGGCAUAUGUAUAUUAUUAAAUAUAUAUUGUUAACCAUUCUCAAAGUGUCCUUAAGACCCAGUCUCUCCCGCGACCCCCUCCCCAUAUCCACAUGCUACAGAGCGAAUAGCAAAGAUAUACUUUUCCGACUUUGUAACGAUUUAGACGUAAUUUCCAUUAUUUGCAAUGUAUAAUAUAAGCAAUUGUUGCUAAAGUUACAUGAUACAUAAAAUACAUACUACAAUUAAGCUUGUUUGUUUAC